AUGAGCGGCGAGACUCAACCUCAACAUCAUUGGCAAGGUGUCCUGUCCUCUGCGCUGGACGCAGUGGGUCAUACUCCUCUGAUCAAGCUGCAGAGGAUAGCCGAGGAAGAAAGGCUGAAGUGCAAUCUAUUGGGGAAAUGCGAAUUCUUCUCUGCAGGUGGAAGCGUUAAAGAUAGGAUAGCAAAGAGAAUGGUAGAGCACGCUGAGAAACAAGGUGUUUUGAUACCUGGACAAAGUGUAGUCAUUGAGCCUACCAGAAUUGGUCUCGCUCUUGCUUGCGCUAUUAAAGGAUAUCAGUGUAUAAUCACACUUCCGGCCAAGAUGAGUCUGGAGAAAGAAGUGAUGCUGCGUGCACUGGGAGCCGAGAUAGUCAGGACACCUACUGAAGCAGCCUGGGAUAGUCCCGAAAGUCAUAUCGGUGUUGCACGAAAGUUGCAGAAAUCGAUACCUGGCGGAGUGAUUUUAGAUCAGUACUCCAAUCCUCAUAAUCCCCUAGCUCACUAUUAUGGUACAUACGAGGAGAUCAUGCAUUCGCUUAAAACGUCUGAUCUGCCGCGUAGAGAUAUAUCUCUCCUAGUCGCGGGUGCAGGUACAGGAGGUACUAUCACAGGUUUAGGCAGAGCCAUAAGGGACUACGAAGCUUCUUUACCUCAGACCAAUGGAAACUCUUCUUCACAUGGUAGAACGACUAUCAUAGCUGUUGAUCCCGAAGGAUCAAUUCUAGGUGGAGGUGAACCCGGUAAUUACCAAGUGGAAGGUAUAGGAUAUGAUUUCUUCCCUGAGGUUUUAGAUCCAAAUCCACCAGUGGUAGAUAAAUGGUUGAAGACCAAUGAUGAAGAGGCUUUUGACGCUACCAAGCGGUUGAUUCGAAAAGAAGGACUGUUCGUAGGCGGUUCAUCCGGAUCAGCACUAUCCGGUACUCUACGGUACCUUCAUUCGGAAGAAGGAAAACAUAUAGCAGAAGAUCCAAAUGCCAAUGUAGUCGUGAUCUUGCCGGAUGGAGUGAGGAAUUAUAUGUCCAAAUCUUGGUUCCUCGAGACGUCUAAACUGCCUACAGGAGAGAACAUGGACGAGAAAGAGGAUAUCAAAAGUACCAUUAGGGCGAUAUUAGGUAGAGAUCUCAAUGACGUUAAGAGCGUGGUGGAGAAUAAAAGGGAGAAUGGGGAGAAGUUGGAAAAUGGUGAUUGA